ACGACCCGUCGACGGUCCGAAGUUGACCUACGCUUAGUUUGCCUAAUUUUUUCGCCUAAUUCAGUAGGUCAACGAAGGGAUCGAGAGAAGAAAAGCAGGGGCGUCGGUCAUCGUUCGGGGGGCGUCGGUCAUCGUUCGGGCAUCGUCGUUUGUGGCCUGUGUGUGCACACGAGAAGCAGAUUAGAAGAAGUUGACUAUGCAGAGCAUCGCUCCUCCUCAACAGCAGCCACAACAGAGAGACCAUACGAUGGAACAACACAUACAGCAGACUAACGAGCGUUUACAAUGCAUCCGUCAAUACCUAGAAAGUCCCAACACAUUCGCCAAUAGUGCGAGGGAACUACUCGACUGGUGUAAAGACGUUCGAGCCUUCCAGAGACCGUUCGAACAAGGACUGAUGGGUUGUCUAACGGUCGUUCAUCAAGUGGCGUCUUCACCCGGAUACGACCUCAACUUAGCCUACCGCUUGAUGGUCGUUUGCUCGUCACACAGAGACAAAUUAUCGCCCAAAUCGAGCUCAUUGUUAUCAUCUUGGUUUGAGGAACUGAGUCAUUUACAGUUUCUAAGGCAGCUUCCACCUACAGACUCACAGUCGGUCCCACCUCCUCCUCCACCUGGCAGUGCAAUACCCAUCCACCGCCUUCCAGGAGAUCCAGUGACUCACAUGCAAGAUAGUCCACGGCAGGCUAGCACUAUUGUUUGGCAGAACCCUCCAGUACGACCACAGCAGCAGCAGCAACAGCAGCAACAACAACAACAACCACAUUCUGUAUCGAUUGUUACUACUGUGUGGGAGGUGACUAACGGUCCCGGUGCUCCACAGACUACAGUUCCCGGUCAGGUUUCUACUCCGACAACUUCUGUGAUAACGUCUCAGAUGACUGCUCAAUUACAACAACAGCAGCAGCAGCAGAGAGUCGCUGGUGCGACAGUUCGGUAUCCACCCAGUAUUGGCGACAAUGGACAAGUUAUGUAUGGUGGUGGUGUUGCUCCGCCAGUGCCUCGACCAGCUGUACCUAGUCAGCAAAUGCAUGUGUCAGAAAAUCAACUAGCUGGUUUACAGAAUCAGCAGGGAGGAAAUGCUGGGUUUGCUCAAGGACCGGCUCCCGCAGCUGCAGCAGCGGCGGCAGCAGUUGCAGCAGCUGCAGCAACGGCGACAGCGACAGCUACUGCCCAAGCAACAGCACAAUUACAAGAACAGCAAGAAAGACAACAAGCACAACAAGGGAUGGGAGGCCCUCAGCCAGGAUACGGUCAACAGCAGUAUUAUAAUCAGAGGCCGUUCAGUGUCCAGCCAAUGCAGCAACCGGUCAGUUAUCCACCCGGGUUUAAUCGAGCUCCGAUGCCACCUCAACCGAGAGCCUUGCAAUAUCAAACACAGCAGAUAAGACAGUAUUCUCAACCUCACAAUCUGGCAUAUGCAAGACAACAGCCAUCAGCUUACAUGUAUCCAGAUUCCAGUCAGACGUACUUGCAACCUCAAGGACAAGUCAACAGUCAAGUGCAAGGCUACGGUGGAAAUCCACAACCAGGCACCGCUAUGACUCCUGAUGGAAUGAAUGGUCCCGGCUUUCCCACGGAUCCCAAUAGACCAUUGCCAUCAUCCCAACUACCUGCAAUGCAAUUCAUUGAGCGGGGAGCACCUCCAAAGUUAGUCAGUCGACCGUUUCCAAAUCAGUACCCACCACAGGAUAAUAUGCACCAGAUGAGUAUGCAGCCAGGCACGUAUGGGCAGCCUGUCUCGGGGUACCCUGCACCUCCACCACAGUCGCCUCAUUACACAUCUGGAAAGCCACCGACUGGAUUUGUGAUGUCCCAACCUGGUCCUCACGGUCAUUACCCUACAUCUGUUCAGCAACCGAUGGCUAACCAGAUGGCUAACCAGAUGACACGGAGAGGCUCGUUACCACCUUAUGCAGGGCCUGGAGUAGGACAGGCUGUUCCACAGGGAAGGGUCAUGAAUCAUGAGUCAGUGGCUGGCACGCCAACUCAUCCAUAUCCAGUUCCUGUAACUGAUCCCAAUGGUGCUGUGAGAGUAGAUUUGAAGCCUAAUCCAGCAAUGUUGGGAAUAGUGCCUGAUGAGAAGCCCGGAGAAACAGGAUUGAAGCAAACAGAGGCAGCUCGAUUAUCAUUCCCUGUGCGAGAUGGCAUUGUACUCAUGCCCUUCAGACUUCAACAUAAUCUGUCCGUCAGUAAUCAUGUGUUCUUAUUGAAGGAGCAGGUAUUUAAGACUCUGAUUACAAGGUCUGAUCUGGAAUUACAAUUCAAGUGUUACCAUCACGAAGACAGGCUGCAACAGACGAACUGGCCUACUGCAGUCAGUGUGAACGUCAACGCAGAACCAGUACCAGUUGAGAGGGGAGAUGGAAGAAUGGCACACAAGCCUUUGUACAUUAAGAAGUUGUGUCAAGUAGGCAAGAAUACGAUACAGAUUGCUGUGACUGCAUGCUGCUGUUCACAUCUCUUUGUACUGCAACUGGUUCAUCGUCCUUCAAUUAAUUCGGUGCUGCAAAGUCUUUUGAAGAAGCGUCUCCUUGGAGUUGAAUUAUGCAUUGAAAAAAUACGUUCAAAUUUUACUGUUCCAAGCCUCACUGGUGGUCAAGAUGGUGUUGAACAGACAAGCAUCAAAGUCUCGCUAAAGUGUCCUCUCUCUUUUCGGCGAAUCUCGUUUCCUGCUCGAGGCAGGGAAUGUCGACAUGUGCAGUGUUUUGACCUGGAGUCAUAUUUGCAAUUGAAUUGUGAACGAGGGACAUGGAAGUGCCCUGUUUGCUCGAAGCCAGUGCCUCUUGAGCUGAUUGAAGUUGACCAGUUUAUUUGGGGCAUACUGACAACAGUGUCCAACUCUGGUGCUCGUGAUGUUGAGGAGGUAAUGAUUGAUCCCAACUGCCAAUGGAAACCUGUUAUGGGAAACAUCAAGCAGGAACCGGAUGAUGACAUGUCUAGGGAAAAGCGGAAAAAGAUGAAUGAUGGAACAGCAAUGCAGAUGUAUCGACAGGGUUCUAGUGGGCCAGGAAGUACAUCUGGCAAUGUUCCCUACCCAAGUGGAGGAACUCCAUACAACUCAAUUCCUGUGUCUCAGCAUCAGCAUAGUGUUCGUUUUCCUCCCGACUACAAUCAAACUGUUUCCCAAUAUGGUGAAGGUCCACCAAGACCUGCUCCACCUGCACGCUAUCCUCCACCUUACCCUCAUGGCAGUAACUCCAGUCAGAUGACCACACAGCAACAGCAGCAGACCUAUGCCCCCAUGUCACUUCAUAAUCAUCAAUUUCCACCUGGUCAAAGUGGUAUGCAAUACUCUAGUGGGCCACAGUCACAUGCGCCUCCAUUGUCUACUGCAAAAGCUGAUGGCAGUGGUAGAAACACUCCUGGUGCUGGCUUUUCUAUGCCUGGAAGCAAUCCUGGUCACUCGCAGUCUAUUGUUGAUACAGAAUUGCAGCUACAGUCAACGAAUCCGGGAACCCCUCAGGUUGAGGCACUGGAGAGGUUGACGAUGUGUUCAGAUAAUCCAGGAUCGAAUGCACCUCUUAGUAACAUGUCAGUAGGCGGUGCGCCAAUACUAUCUGUACAAAUUUUCCCAGCAGAUGAUCAGUUUGAUCUUAACAUCUUGGAAACCCUUGAGGAAUUUGGGGAUCUCUCGGACGACAAUGAACUGCUCAAGCUACUCGACAGCGCUGUCAAUUGAAUUUCUUAUCAAAUCAACUACUAAUGAACAGAACAGAAGUAUGUAUUGGCUCAAAGAGAUUACAAGAAGAGUCCUCACUCUGUGCUAUGUAUAAGUACUGUGAUAAGAGAGUAGGUAUCCUGAUUUGCUAGUAAAGAGAUAACAUUUCAUUGGAGAAUCAAAAGGUCUAUUAGGCUUUCACCAUGUAUUUUAUGUCCGCUAUUUAUUGUGGUUGCUGUCCAAGCGCCCAGUAUAAUGGCAAAUUGUAUUUUUGCGUAUGUAGUCUUAGUUUAGUGUACCUGACUGGUAGCUGCUAUAAGGGGAAGGUAACGUUUGAUUUAUUUUGUAUUUGAAGUUUGUA